AUGGAUCCAUUACUUCACACUCGAGACAAAAGAACAGUCAAAUGGACUUCACCGGGUGAACCAACUCCGAAGAAGGCGAAGACCUUCGCCUUCUUAAAAUCGACUGAAAAGGUGAUGAUAUUAAUUAUAUUAAUAAUGAUAGAGUUAUUAGUAAUUAAUAUAUCAAUAAUUAUUUAUAUUAUAAUAGUGGAGGUGGGCAUGGAAUUUUAUUUGGUUUAUUAUUUAAUUUUUAGAGUUUGUGAGAGGGUAUUAGGAUUAAGAUUAUUGGUUAUAAUUGUUCGAUUUAGAGGAAAUGAUUUAUAUUAUAUAUUUAAUUUUAGGAAAUUUUAG